CCAGCGCUUCUAUUUAAACGCCCCCGGUUCACAUGUCAGUGAUCCUCGUCUGAUUUGAGCAUCUGACUGAUCUCAACUCUCGAGCUUCGAAACCUCACUGAUCGAUCCAAGCCUAGCACACCACAAUUCCACAAACCAGCAGCCAUGAGGACCAGCAUCACCCUCGUCAUCGGUGUGGCCGCCAUCAUCUACGCCGUCGCCAUGCCCGCCACGGCGAUGCCCGGCGGGUGGGAACACAUCCGUAACAUCAACGACCCGAAGAUCCAGGGGCUCGGCAAUUGGGCGGUGGCGGAGCACAUGAAGCAGGCGGGCGGCCGGUUCAGGUUCAGCAAGGUGGUGCUGGGCACGGUGCAGGUGGUGUCGGGCUUCAACUAUCGGCUCCUCGUCGAGGCGCUGAACGGCGCCGGCAAGAAGGACGCGUACAAGGUGGAGGUGUACGAGGAGGCGGCCGACAAAGGGCGCAAGCUCGUCUCCUUCACCCCGGUCGCCCAAGAGGCGUAG